AAUUGUCUUAUUUUCUCGUGUACAUUAAUAAAAUGAUGAUGAUCUGACAUUUUACUCGUAAAUAGAAGUAUCUCUACCUUUUGAAAAUCUCAUUCGUGUGAUGACUUUUCUACCUUUUUUUCCCCUUCUAUAAAUACACACCUUAUACUGCAUUGUAUUAAGAACCUCAAAGAUCACUUGUCUGCCUUUUUCUCAGUUCUGCCUUGCAUAGAGAAAGAAGAUGUGGUUCAGCAAGUUCUUAUUAGCAGCAUACUUGAUGGCAUCCGUCUCGGUUAACAUCACCUUAGCCCAAAAUUCUCCCCAAGACUAUGUCGAUGCACACAAUGCCGUUCGUGCUGAAGUGGGAGUUGGUCCAAUUACUUGGAACAACACCGUGGCAGCCUAUGCUCAAAAGUAUGCAAAUUCAAGGGUUGAAAACUGUGAAUUAGAGCAUUCAGGAGGACCCUAUGGUGAGAACAUUGCUGAAGGUUAUGGUAACUUGAAUGGAGUGGAUGCAGUCAAAAUGUGGGCAAGUGAGAAGCCUUUCUAUAGCCAUGAUACCAACUCAUGUGUCGGUGACGAGUGCCUGCAUUACACUCAGGUUGUGUGGCGCAAAUCGGUUCAUUUAGGGUGUGGCAGAGCUAAGUGCAAGAAUGGGUGGUGGUUUGUCACUUGCAAUUAUGAUCCUGUUGGAAACAUUGAGGGCCAAAGCCCGUAUUGAAUUAUGUUGCUUGGAGUUCUAGCUAAUAGUCAGCCACAAAAAAAUAAAAUAUAUAAGAAGAUAAUGAAAUCUUUUCUAUUGAAGGAUUUGUUUGCAUAAUUAUAAUAUUUAGGACCAAAAUCUACUUGUAUGUUUGUGUUUAAAGAAAAGGGUGAUGCUAGGGGUACUAAAUAUUUGUAUUAAUCGUGUAUUUGAUAUUGUAGUAUUGUAAUA